AAGUCAUUGUCGAGCGAGUGUCUUCUUGGCAUUCACAAAAAUGUCUCCAUCCAUUAUAAUUGUGGCCCUGCUUGCUCUGUACUUGGGAGUGAACAAAACCAAUGCCGAAGAAGCAUCUGACUUGAUCUUGUUAGAUUAUCAUCGUAGUAAAAAUCUCAGUGUGCCAAGUACAGCCCGAAGUCAGUCUCUUCAAGUCAAGGACAAGAUGGAAUGUUUUGGCAAGUGCAUUGGAGUUGGUUGGUGUCAAUCGGGUAAUUUCAAGACCACUCCAGAACAUAAUGGUCUUCAUGUUUGUCAACUUCUGCCUUCUGAUCGAUUUACUAAAAGUAACACCUUUAAACACGACCCAGUAUGCGAGAACUUUAACAUUAAGACCCCCUGCCACAGAAAGAACAAGCCAUGUCUUAACGAAGGCAGGUGUGUCUUUAAAAACAGUACGCAUCAAUGUCAAUGUGAAAAUGGGUAUCGGGGAAAACAGUGCGAAAAAGUACCACCAAACUCUUGCAAAGCACUUCUCCAAGGAAACUCUUCCUUGCCGUCUGGAUUGUAUUCCAUUUCCCCAGAUGGUACCAAUGUCAUCAAAGUCUACUGUGAUAUGGUAACGGACGGUGGAGGCUGGACUCUAGUAUACAGCUAUACGUUCACAAACUAUGGUAGUUUUACAGCAUCAAGCAAUGCAGUGACACCACAACCAAACUGGCCAAGAAGGGGUAACGUCCCAGUAUCAAGCACCCCUCCCCUCAGUGAAACUGAUUAUGCCGCGUUGGAUUUUGCUCUAUGGAACAAAAUUGGUGGUCAAGAGGUUUUUAUAAAAUCCAACAUCAAUCACUGGAUCCACUGCAAGGAAGGAUCCGGAAGUCUAGUAAACUGGAAAGGCGGACGUUUCACUUGCCAAGUGGCCAAAACAGUUGCUUCCACUUGUCCCGAUACUGUCCCUGGACAUUUAGCUAUCGAAGGUUAUGGGCUAAAUUUCAAACGCACCUCUGCCUCGUUGAGUACGUACUAUGUCUUUGAUGUCUUCACUUCAAAAAACUGGCCAACUCACGACCCUUGCGGAGGAAAUCAAGACAGACACGUAAAGGGUGUGSCUAAUCCCCAUGGUAACAUCUACAUACGCUAAAUAUAKUUACCCAGAACCAUCACAAUCUAAGCUCACGAAUGGGAAAUAUCUAAAUAUCUAUGGCACAACAAUACUUGUAAAGAUAUAUCCAGAGGUGGUCACUACGGCACGGUGAUUUCUACAAUACACAAGUCCGGGGGUCUUACACGGGACCAGAAAUUUAUCUAUUAACCGUGAUGGUAUAAAAUAUACAUUGUUACAUUGUUAGAAAUUUAGGGCACUUUCCAUCUGUCAGAACCGAAUCACCACACCUAAAGAGAAUUCUAAUCUGUUCAKCAUGUCCAUCCUGUUCAGUAGGAGACUUUCUAAAUUUCUUCCUUAAAUUUGAUUAUAUAAAACUUACUUACAAAUAGCUGACAAUUCUCGACAAAAAAAAAACAUUAUAUGUCCGUCUGACACGAUAGUUCUAUUGAUAUUGAUAACCGGGGCGGGUUUUUCAAAGCUCGUCCAUUGCUAAUCCCAGGUUAAAGUCUUGAAAAACGUUUAAGUUAGCCCUUGAGUACAGUAAUCGAGCCUCUAAGAACCUGGGCCGGCCGCUUCAUCCUUUUUCUUUUUUCAAAAUAACAUAUUACUCUCAACUGUAUUCAAAGUUCAUCUUAUUUGAUUCACCCCAAUAAUUUAAUGAGUUCAUAUCAUUGAAAAUCUUAGGUAGCAAUUGAGUCGAAUUGAGUCGGCAUUCGCACCUGUGACCAAUUCAAUUUAAAUGACUCGGGGUUUUGUCUUUUCUUCUUAUCAACAUGGUCAAUACAUUCGGUCAUGCCGCAAUUUGGCGUGAAAAAAGCCUAAAGGCCUCACAACAAAUGUACUGUCUUUCACAAAAUUGAA